AUGAGCGCUUCCCUCAUCUCCCGCAUUCUCUACUGGCAGCUAUUCGUUCUUUUAUGGCUUGUUCAUCGUUCCUUUGGUGAUGAAUUUUCUGCAUUGGAACUUUCUCGCUCUCGAUUGCUUUCAGCUGCGACGCUGAGGUCCAAAUUAGAGUCACGAGAUGCACCUUUGAGUCUUCUGAAGAGAAAAACCACCUUCGACUUUAUUGAAAGCCGCAUUAACGGCCGUGCUGCUCCAGAUGGCUCUAUUUUUACAGCCAGCGUGCUGGUGAGGAGCCAGAAGCCGAUUUUAUCUUUGGAAGAUAUCGAGUCCGACUUGCAGAGAAUUACAUGCUUCCCGGGAGAAAUAAAGCUAUAUUUUUCUUCAAUUGAUGCUCUAGACAGGGUAAGGAAGGAGAUUGAACAGCUUAGCCACUUGGUUGUAGUGUCUUCUCAUCUCAAUUGCAAUGAAGAGGACCAGAGGGCACCUCAUAUAAUCACCAAAGUUAUCGUUAGCAGAGAAACGAUGAUCAUCACUCUAUUAGAGUCCUCUUGCGAGUGGAAAGAUGCAUUCAGCAUGAUGGAAGUUUCUUUUGCGCGCAUACCAUCGAGUCAAAUUCUGGAACGGCGGGACAUGAUCUUGCAAAAACGUCAGGAGACAUCCUCCUUUUCCUCGAGUGCACAACCAGCCCCAACAAGAGCAUUCCCUGAUGGACCCCAGUCUACCUCGAGCGUACCAGCCUCUUCCAAAGCACGAAUCGACGUGAAAGUAGUCGACCAGGUCGUUAUUCCUCCUCAGAUUCCAGGAGCUUCUGCUCUAGUUCCCGAAGGAGUGGAAUUAACGUGUAAAAACUGUACGAUCGGCGGCGAACUGGAGCUUUCUCAGGGGUCCUUUAAGCUUGAAGACCCGGAUAACCCGAUCAAAUUUUUGGAUAACACAAUUGCAUUUUUCCAGCACGGGUCUGUACGGGUCGAUGUGGACGGACUUUUUGGACAUUUUGAACUUAAGACCAAGCUGGAUCUAGCGGCUGGGAAUGCGUUGAAUUUCUCAGUGCCGUUGCCGGAAUUUCCCAUUACUCCCUUUAUGAUACCCGGUAUUGUCGCUUUUGGCCCUAUCUUCAGGCCCCAGAUUGAGAUGUCCUUGGCUUUGAAACAGCCUCUGGAGUUCGAGUAUGGAUUCAACGUCUCUGUUCCUAACGACGCGAGUUUCACCAUCGACAUUGGAGAACUAAACAACUCGACUGCGACAGGUUUUGACAACACAAAAUUCUCAACCCUCCCUUUCCAAGCACAAAUGCCCGCCAGCCUCGAAUUUACAAUAAGCUUCACACCUGAAAUCCUCCUCGGAGUGACCUCACUGAUUGGCUCCACAACUGGUGGCGUGGGUGCCUUCUUUAAUAUCCCCUCCCUGACCGUAAAAGUCGAUCAGCUCAAGGGCGUCGACGGCAGAUGCAAUGCCCUGUCAUCAUCCACUGCCCACCCAGGUGGUGACAAGGGUAAAGGCAAAAAUCACAUCGCUACUCUCGAAGACCUGGUGGGCGAUUUCAUUAACAUAGUUCCCUCGGUCGAACUUAACGUAGGCGUCCUCGCGGAGUUGGAAGUCGGCGUUGGCACGCUCAAGGAGCAGCUUGAAGCCGAACAUACGAUUGCCUCGAAGCAGUUUGCUCUCCCCACUGCAUGUUUGGCGUUUGAUAAGGAGAAGAAGUCGUUUGCGUCGCCGACGCCCCCGCCCCCUCCAAAUCCUUCUCCACCGGCCGCUCCGGGUCCCUUGGACACGAGAGCCCGGCCUCCCACUUUGGGAAAAGGAGGAGCCAUGAGUGUGUUUGGAGAUGUUGAGGGGGUCAGGAUUGUGCUGUGGACCUGCCUGUUUGGCACGAUGGUGACCGUCGCGGGAGUACUAUGA